AUGCGUCCCGUUCCAGCGUCAACAGGCUCUGCCCUGCGCACUUGGGCCCGACACAGCCUUCCUACCAGCUCCCCCUCAGCUUCCUCCCAAUCCUCCCGUCUUGCCGUCACUGCUUCAAACAUCCCUCAACGACGACUGGAAUCCUCAGGGGCAGAAGCACCAGGUAGCACGAGCUUCCAGAGCCCUUUCAGAACCCAGAAAUAUGAUACGCACAAGAUCCCUAGCUUCAAGACAUACGAGUCCAAAAACUCCGAGAUCACGAAUCGAGUCUUCCAGUACUUUAUGGCCGGAUCGAUGGGCUUGUUGGCUGCUGCCGGAGCGAAAAACACCGUACAAGACUUCCUAGAAAAUAUGUCCGCUUCUGCCGACGUGUUGGCCCAAGCUAAAGUGGAAGUUGAUCUGGCUUCCAUCCCCGAGGGCAAGAACGUGAUCAUCAAAUGGAGAGGAAAGCCUGUCUUCAUCCGGCAUCGCACCGAAGACGAGAUCAAGGAGGCCGAAUCUAUCGAUCUCUCAAUCCUCCGUGACCCCGAGAAAGAUUCCGACCGCGUCAAGAAACCCGAGUGGCUGGUCAUGUUGGGCGUCUGCACACACUUGGGAUGCGUCCCCAUUGGCGAAGCAGGUGAUUUUGGUGGUUGGUUCUGUCCUUGCCACGGUUCGCAUUAUGAUAUUUCGGGGCGAGUGAGGAAAGGACCCGCACCAUUGAACUUGGAGGUCCCCGAAUAUGAUUUCCCGGAGGACGAUAAAUUGGUCAUCGGUUAG